AUCCUAAGUAAGGAACCUUAAAAACAAUCGUAAUCCUAGUUGCUCUGUUUUCCUCUGUCUCACAAUGGAGUACAAAGUGAAAACCACAACAACUUCUCCACCAAUCCCAAUCCAUGUUCCCACCAUGCUCUCAAACUCUCCCCCAUCUUCAUCUUCUUCACCUCCCUCACAAUCUCACACACCUUUCCCUUCACCCUCUCAGGGCUCUCCCCCUGCUGCUCCUCCCUCUCCUCCGCCGCCCGUGGUGGUUAGCCCUUGCGCUGCUUGCAAGAUCCUCCGCCGGAGGUGCGUGGAGAAGUGUGUCCUGGCUCCCUAUUUCCCUCCCACUGAUCCUAUCAAGUUCACCAUUGCUCACAGAGUCUUUGGAGCCAGCAACAUCAUCAAGUUCUUGCAGGAACUGCCAGAAUCCCAGAGAGCAGAUGCUGUGAGCAGCAUGGUGUAUGAGGCAAAUGCUAGGAUCAGAGACCCGGUUUAUGGGUGUGCAGGUGCAAUAUGCCAACUUCAGAAGCAAGUUAGUGAGCUACAAGCACAGCUGGCGAAAGCUCAAGCUGAGGUAGUCAACAUGCAGUGCCAACAAGCCAAUUUAGUGGCGCUAAUUUGCAUGGAAAUGAGCCAAUCACAGGAUCAAAACAUGCUUCAGCCUCAACCCCACGUUGAUAUGAGCUGCUUCAUAGAGGACAACACUUUCGGAACUGCUUGGGAGCCUCUUUGGACAUGAAUAUCAAUUAUGUAUCCUAGAUAUUUGUAUUAGAGAGAGAGAGAGAGAUUAAUUUGUUCUAUAGUAACUGGUAAACUUUGAACCUCCCAAGUGGAGGAUGAGAUAAUGAAGAUUAUACCGAGGGAAUUUCAAUAAAGUCAUUAAUUAGUUAUAUGGUA